GGCCGCUCCUCUCUGGGAGGAGGGCCGCGGAGAAGGAUGAGGGUGUCGCUGGCGGCCCCUCCCCGUGCGGGCCACGUGGCGGGCGCGGGCCGAGCCCGGGGGAAAGAACUUGGCCCGUGGGGAGGUGGGGGGACCGAGGCGGCGCCAAGCUGAGCCGAGAGCUGCGGGAUUCAGAGCAGAGAGGCAGCGGCGGCGGCGGCGCCGAGAGGAGGGGAGGAGGCAGGCGGGCGCAUGGGGCGCCCCGGCCCCGCCGGCAGCGCGCCCCCUCCCUCCCCGCCGCGCUGAACGCCCCCCAGCGCCGCGCCUCAAACCCCAGCCCCGAGGCCAUGCCGGUCAUGAAGGGGUUGCUGGCCCCGCAAAACACCUUUCUGGACACCAUCGCCACCCGCUUCGACGGCACGCACAGCAACUUCCUGCUGGCCAAUGCACAGGGCCCACGGGGCUUUCCCAUUGUCUACUGCUCUGACGGAUUCUGCGAGCUCACAGGCUACGGCCGCACUGAGGUCAUGCAGAAAACCUGCAGCUGCCGUUUCCUCUAUGGUCCAGAGACCAGUGAGCCAGCCCUGCAGAGGCUGCACAAGGCCCUGGAGGGUCAUCAGGAGCACCGGGCUGAGAUCUGCUUCUACCGAAAGGAUGGCUCGGCCUUUUGGUGCCUCUUGGACAUGAUGCCCAUCAAGAAUGAGAUGGGAGAAGUCGUGCUUUUCCUCUUUUCCUUUAAGGACAUCACUCAGAGUGGAGGCCCAGGAGUUGGCUCCCCAGGAGGCCACGGGGACAGUAAUCAUGAAAACUCACUUAGCAGGAGGGGAGCCGGCUCAAGACUCCGAUCUGCCAGGAGGCAGAGCCGUACUGUCCUACACCGGCUGACUGGCCACUUUGGCCGCCGACGCCAGGGAGGCAUGAAAACCAAUAAUAACGUGUUUGAGCCAAAGCCAUCAGUGCCCGAGUACAAGGUGGCCUCCGUGGGGGGGUCCCGCUGCCUCCUCCUCCACUACAGCGUCCCCAAGGCCGUGUGGGACGGCCUCAUCCUCCUCGCCACCUUCUACGUUGCGGUCACCGUCCCCUACAAUGUCUGCUUCUUGGGCGAUGAUGACACCCCCAUCACUUCCCGACACACCCUUGUCAGCGACAUCGCCGUGGAGAUGCUCUUCAUCCUGGAUAUCAUCCUGAACUUCCGCACCACCUAUGUGUCCCAGUCCGGCCAGGUGGUCUCUGCUCCUCGUUCCAUUGGCCUUCACUACCUGGCCACCUGGUUCUUUGUUGACCUUAUUGCUGCUCUGCCAUUUGACCUGCUUUAUGUCUUCAACAUCACCGUGACUUCGCUGGUGCACCUGCUGAAGACCGUGCGGCUGCUGCGGCUGCUGCGGCUGCUGCAGAAGCUGGAGCGUUACUCACAGUGCAGCGCCGUGGUGCUCACACUGCUCAUGUCCGUCUUCGCACUCCUCGCCCACUGGAUGGCCUGUGUCUGGUACGUCAUCGGCCGCCGGGAGAUGGAGGCCAAUGACCCGCUGCUCUGGGACAUCGGCUGGUUGCACGAGCUGGGCAAGCGGCUGGAGGAGCCCUACGUCAACGGCUCUGCGGGCGGCCCGUCGCGACGCAGCGCCUACAUCGCUGCCCUCUACUUCACGCUGAGCAGCCUCACCAGCGUGGGCUUCGGCAACGUGUGUGCCAACACCGACGCGGAGAAGAUCUUCUCCAUCUGCACCAUGCUCAUAGGCGAGCCGCGGAGGGCGCGGGAGGAGGCGGGGCGGCGGGGGCGCCCCUCACGGGCCGCCCGCUGCCGCCGCUGCAGCGCUGAUGCACGCCGUGGUGUUCGGGAACGUGACGGCCAUCAUCCAGCGCAUGUACUCGCGCCGCUCGCUCUACCACAGCCGCAUGAAGGACCUCAAGGACUUCAUCCGCGUGCACCGCCUGCCGCGGCCGCUCAAGCAGCGCAUGCUCGAGUCCUUCCAGACCACGUGGGCCGUCAACAGCGGCAUCGACGCCAACGAGACGAGCUGAGAGCUGACAUCGCUAUGCACCUGAAUCGGGAGAUCCUGCAGCUGCCGCUGUUCGGAGCGGCGAGCAGGGGCUGCCUGCGGGCCCUCUCCCUGCACAUCAAGACCUCGUUCUGCGCUCCAGGCGAGUACCUGUUGCGCCGUGGGGACGCCCUGCAGGCACACUACUACGUCUGCUCCGGCUCGCUUGAGGUGCUUCGAGACAACAUGGUGCUGGCCAUCCUGGGGAAGGGGGACCUGAUUGGGGCAGAUAUCCCUGAGCCGGGGCAGGAGCCUGGGUCAGGGGCAGGCCCAAGCUACGUGCUGAAGACCAGCGCUGACGUGAAGGCACUGACCUACUGUGGCCUGCAGCAGCUGAGCAGCCGAGGGCUGGCUGAGGUCCUGAGGCUCUAUCCUGAGUACGGGGCUGCCUUCCGGGCUGGCCUGCCCCGGGACCUCACCUUCAACCUGCGCCAGGGCUCUGACACCAAUGGCCUCAGCCGCUUUUCCCGGUCUCCUCGCCUUUCCCAGACCCGCUCGGAAAGCCUCGGCUCCUCCUCAGACAAGACCCUGCCAUCCAUCACGGAGGCUGAGACUGGGGUGGAGUCUGGGGGUGGUUCUAGGCCCCGCCGGCCUCUCCUGCUGCCCAACCUCAGCCCAGCACGACCCCGGGGCUCCCUGGUCAGCCUCUUGGGCGAGGAGCUGCCCCCAUUCUCAGCCCUUGUCUCCUCCCCUUCCCUGUCCCCAACCCCUUCCCCUGCCUUGGCUGGCCGGGGUCACAGGCCCUCCCCUCAUGGCCCCCCCAGGGGCUCUGCUGCCUGGAAGCUCCCCCAGCUUCUCAUUCCCCCACUGGGAACCUUUGGACCUCCGGACCUCAGUCCCCGGAUAGUGGAUGGCAUCGAGGACUCUGGCAGCACAGCAGAGGCCCCUACAUUUCGGUUCAGCAGGAGGCCUGAGCACCCUAGGCCCUGCUCACAGGCCCCUCCUUCAGGUACCAGGCCCAGCCAGGAACUGGCCACGGAGGCUGAGGAGAUGAAGGAAAAGGUCUGCAGGCUGAACCAGGAGAUCUCCCGUCUCAAUCAGGAAGUGUCUCAGCUGAGCCGGGAGCUUCGACAUAUCAUGGGCCUGCUACAGGCCAGGCUAGGUCCCCCGGGCCACCCAGUAGCCUCGGCUCAGCCCCCAGACCCUCCUGGUCCCCAGCUGAGGCCUCCGUGCAUCUCUCCCUGUCUAUCUGGACCACUGCCUAGCCUCCAGGAUACUACUCUCGCUGAGGUCCACUGCCCGGCCAGUGUGGGGACAGCAGAGAUGGGGGCCACGCCCCCCAACCUGAGACCCUCCGUGCUACCCCCCUACCCUUCAGAGCCUGAGUCUGUAGGACCCUCCCCAGUGCCAGAGGCCUCACCUCCGACCCCAAGCCUCAUGCAGCAGAGCUUUCGGUCCAGGCCAGACGCGUUCCACUGACCCAGGCCCUGGGCCCAGGCCUGUCUGGGGUGGGCACUGCUGCCUGCCCUCCAGGGAGGGGCUGGGCCCCUUGGCCUCCUGCCUCAGGUCAGCAGCCACUAGCUGGUCUGGUUGGCUCUGCAUUCUCUGGACUUUUUUACAAAGCCUGGUCACUUCUGACCCUGUUCCCUUUUCCAAACCUUCCCCUGCCCUUCCCCUCUGUGAGGGGAGCCACCUGAGGCUGUGGAACCCAACAGGCAUGAGACGGAAUGCAGUGCCGAUUAGGCCGGGCAGAUGACAUGUCCUGCUUUCUCCCCAGGACCCGGAAGCAGGCUGUCCCUGAAGGUGGUCUCUUCUGCUGCCAGCAACUUGAAACAGUCCCCACAGCACUCUCUAUCCCUCCCCCUGCACCAGACCUCAGUCAAGCCUGUUCUUCCCACAUCCAACUAGGUCUCACUCAAGGCCCUGACUUCUCACAAACCCACCCUGGUCUCCAGCUCUCCCUUACCACCCAACACCCAGGGCUCACUUUUGGAUAGGAAAUAAACGCUUUAUUUUUGUAGUUGUUGGCUCUGGAUGUUUCUGGGGGUUGGUCUGAGAGCCCCAGGGCUUUGGAGGAGCCUACAGGGCAGUCAUUCCCCACCACACCCCAGGCCCUGUUGUUGUCUCUAGGAAGGGCAAAGGCGCCAAGCAAUCCACUUGGCACCAUAUUCACGCCACCAGAGGCCCCAGGGAUGAGGUAGAAACCUUAAUGAGUCACUGUGGGCCCGUUAUACCCCGUCCUCCCCUUACCCAUCACAGCCUCAGAUUCAGACACAGUAUGUGAGAGGGACAGAGUCCCGGCUCAGGCCCACCUCCAGCCCAUGGGACUCCCCACUGAUCCUGUAUAAUUGAACCUGUAACUGUUGCAGGCUAGGUACAGCAAGGGCUGGGGAAAAAGCUUGUCACUAGCCAAAAACCUCCUAGGAAUUCCACUCGGUCCCGUCUCCUUUGCUCUCCUAAGUCUCUCUUCCCUCUUAGCUUUCACUUCUCAGAUAAUCACUGCAGAGGUGCAGGGGUGGGGAGAUGGGGGUUACGGAUAUUGUUAGAAAGAAGCACCCUGGUGACUAGAUGGAACUAGGUGUGGGCAGUUUUAUGGCAGGCUGCCCCAGACAGGUUGAUUCUCCAGCUCAGGCUCCAAAGUAUGAUUGUUGUUAGUGGGUGUCACAGGAACAACGUCCACAGCACUGAGGGCCUGAGCUUUGAUUCCAUAUCAGGUUUUGAAUAGUGUUCCUGGGAGGGGGAAGCCAAGGCAGAGUAGAUACCGGUCUGUGUUGGGGGAUGGGAGUGGGCGGAAGCAGAAGUGGUCCUAAUCCGUAUUGAGGGAAGGAAAAAAACAGAAAAAUAGAAAUAGUCCUGAUCCAUAUGGAGGUCAAGGUGGGGGAGGCAAACAGAAGUGAUUCUAAUCUGUAUUUAUGGAUGGGGAGAGCCAAAGCAGAAGUGGUCCGGCUCUGUUUUUGGCAUCAGAGACAAGAGCUGGUUCUGUUUGGAGGUGGGGAUGGCAGAGGUAGAGGUGAUCCUGGUGUGUCUUGGUGUCCAGCCAAAGGAGGAGGGUCCUGGCUUAGGGCUGACAAGUGGCAGGAGCUCUCCUUUUGAUCUCACCCAGUAGCCUCCAGAGAACCCUUCCUAUAGCACUUCCAUCACCUUCCCCGUUACAGAAUGUCCCCCACAGUCGGGCUCCCCGAGCUGACUUGGCCCUAGAAAAGUGCAGACAGGGGCUUCUCCGGUUUAGCCAGUGCUCAGGACUGCGGCCUCAUGUGCAUAUUCAUUCACACCAUGUUCUUCCUUUUCCAAUUCUGCACACACAGCCGUCUGCCCUCUUCCAGCGCUCCGCCACCCGCCUCCCCUCGGGGCUCCUGGAACCCAGGGUGACGCGCUUGGCAGGCCUGGCUUUAAAAAGUUCCCGGUCGGGCUCCGCCU